CUCGUCGACGCCCCCGCCGUGUCAAGUUUGACUACGCUCGGGGGAGAACUUUGAUCCAGGCGCGGCCGCCCUCGGCGGCAGCAAACACGACCUGAAUAACACUCUGAACGUCAGCGCCGUGGUCUACAACCUGAACGACGUGCGGCGGCCUCACGGUCUUGGGGGCUCCGUCAGUGCUCUCCUCAACGGCAGUGUUCCUUCAGGGGAAAUUCACCCUCGUCAUGAAAUCGCGAGCUCGGUUAAUAACGAACUCAACGAGAAGUCGGCCAUUGUUAUACUCGCUAACGGAGGUGGGAGGACAUCGUCAGCCCUCGUUUCCAAGAGCCCGAGCACCGCUUCCGGUAUCGGUACCACGCCUCAGUCUCCUAAGUCGUCUCUGAGGAGAUCCGAGGAGGAUCUGAUCCACAAACACUGCGCGGACACCAUGGGGAACUCUGCGUGUGGCAAGUCAGAUUCCCUGUCAGAUUUACUCAACGGUAGCAUCAUAGGAACGGAGUGGUACUUUGCCAGCAAGUUCAUCCUGUUCGGGGGCUCCACGUCCGCCCCGUCUCUAACAGAGCUGCCGACUCUGGAGGACAAAAAGUUGACUAGCGGGCGUAGGUCAGAGGCUAAACACAACAAGUGUAAAACCACGCCCAAGAUAGUGAUUGACAAGCCGUCCGACGACGAGGAGGAGUUGACCAGCGAUGACGUCGACGUGGACGACCUGGAGGCGUAUUACAGCCGACAGCUGGUGCUGAGCGACUGGGAGGAGAUUUGUAGGGACCUGAGGGUGACAGAGUUGUGAGGGACUAGAGGGUGACAGAGUUAUGGGGGACUUUGCUAAGGAUACAUGUGAGGAUAACGG